CUGUUAUGAGAGAAUAAGGUUGGCGCGUAGCGGUCAUUAUCAUCGUAGGUCAUUUUGUAAAUAAAACGCCGAGGACACUACUAAAACGCGUCAGUUAAUGCUAGGUUUCUGAGUGAUAGGAUCUCAUUGUGAAAUAUAUAGGUCUAUACACUAUUUACCCCAAUUUCCGUUAAUAAAAACGUCUCUUUUUUGAAUUUGGAGUUUGGAUUUUUAACUCACAGAGGAAUACUACUUGGACAUACAGUACGGAAUAUGACUAAGUUAGCAAGAAAGACAAUAUUAAUUAUUUUAAUAUUUACCAGUCUUAUUCUUCUGGUGCAAAGCACAGAAACCUGUGGUGCAAUUUAUUCUGGAUCGCCAUCAAAGACCGACUUCGGUGAUUUUACUAUAGCUUCCAGUUAUUUCCUGUCACAUCAUGGGACCAUCAAGCAAGAUUUAAAUUGUACAUACAGACUGAAUAACUUGGAUAAGCAAGGGGCAAUACUACUUUAUUUUGACUAUUUUUAUUUGAAUGACAAUGGGAUGCUUAGACAAGGAGAUACAUUAAAGAUAUCCAACGACCCUGAUACAUACUAUUCGUACAAAACACCUCAGCCUCGUGUCUAUGAUUCGUCAACGUUAAACUUAACCUUGACGUUGCACCACUCAACACGUGACUCGCAUAUUGGCUUCAAAGCUUGCUACAAGUUUCUGUCGAAGGAUCAGCGACUGGCCUGGGAGAAAGCUGACAAAUAUAUUGGUUCUGAGACUGUGCCACCAUACCACGGAGGCUUAAUAGACCAAACGUUUCUUCCUUUGGAGGGAGAUGCCAGCGUGUCACCGAACAACAAAGUUCACUAUACUUGGUAUAUCCGUGGUACAACUGGUUCUACUAUACUGCUCAACUUCUUAAAUAUUGAAUUAAAAGCAAGUACUCUUGAGGUGUGGGAUGCGGAUGAUUCCAAGGUACAAAUCCAAAUGGGCAGUAUACGGUCUCAAGCGAACAUCGACCAAGGAAACCGUCGUUCUCUGUUAUCCGAUGGCAAUUUUAUCUAUGUCCGAUGGGUAGGAGAAGCAAGGCAAGGAGACAGUAUUCAGGUCGCUUAUGCUUUCAUCAAGAAGGAGCAAGAUGGUGAUGGAGCAUGCGGUGAGAUGUAUCUGCCAUGUCAGUUUGGCGCCGAUUCUGUGUGCAUAUCGAAUGAACUGACGUGUGAUGGGAUAAACCAUUGUCACGACGGGGAGGAUGAGGAUGAACUUUUGUGCCUGACCAAAACAAGAAGUGUUCAAGUGGUUAGUCCCACACCGGAAUAUCUGUGCCCAGACGAGUGCCUACACGGGGGCUCCUGUACAGAACUGGGCCGAUGCGCAUGUGCUUUUGGAUUCUAUGGCUCUAGAUGCCAAUAUCCAGGCCAAUACCCUAGCUACUCGAACAUUGCUGCUAUUAUUGGCGGUGCCGUCUGUAUCUUCUUCCUGCUACUGUUAUCGUGCAUGGCGUGUGUUGCGUACAUCCGUGGACCGCAGCCAGGCAGGGACAUUAACGGGAUCCCACAUUUGAUAAGUGUCGAACCAAUUGGAAGGAUGUCAUCGUUUGACGAGGCAGCAGCCAUCGCUCAUAGUGAUCUCCCACCAUGUUACCUCGAAGUAGUAUUAAGUAAAAACUACCGCACAGCAAGCACCACAACGUUAACUAAGAUCGACGAGUGCGAAGAGAUGCCCGAUCAGCCCCCUUCCUAUGAGCUGGUUACAUCUUGCGAUAAACCAGACGCAAAGGUUUUAGAGGUACAGUUGAACGCUGAGACAUGCCAACCGGAAACAAGAAUAUGGGAGCACAGAAGUAAAUCAAGAAAUCUUGUAAACGCAAUGAAGAAAAAGAAAAAAACAAACAACCCCUUUUGUCAACACUGCAAUAGACAAUAUCGACAUGAGUGUCGUGUGAACGAAGACUGGGUUUGCUUGUGAACCAGAUCUCUACUGUAAAUAAACAUGUAUAUUGAUUUGUAUAAAAUUUUGUAUAUUUCUGAAUGUAAAAAUUUUCUGUGUAUGCAUAACAUUUUUAUAUGAAUUGUAAAUUCUUUUAAAACUUGUUGUCUAUUAAUGAAGUAAUAUUUUGUUACGAAUUUAGAAUUUGUGUUCUAUUGAUGGUGACAGUUUUGUGUUGUGUACAAAAUGCUAAGUGCUAACUCAUUAAUUUAGUUACAUGUAGUCUUAUUUACAAGUUGAAGUUAUAAUCAUAAUUAAUUUUAGAUGAUUUUAGAUGAAGAAUGUUAUUUUCUCAUAUGGUUACCAUGUCAAUAUGGUCACCAUGCCAAUGGUCACCAUGUCAAUAUGGUUACCAUGUCAGUAAAGUUACCAUAUCAACAUGCCUACAAUCUGUAUUUUCUACAGACAUUACCCAAGUAUUAACAAAAGCAAAAACUUUCAUCAUCAGAAAUUACUUAUUGCAAACAAAUCUAUUUCUAAAGAUUUAUUUCACCAUUAUCCAUAUAAAAAAAUCUGCAACAGAAAGAUUGGGAUAUCGCAGGAUAAGGAUUAGAAUGUGAGAUCUCAUAGAUGAUGUGUUAGUGAGAGGUUCUGCAGAUCUGUGGAUUUAAAAAUAGGAAUGCACAUUAAAAUAAGAUCUUGAGGAAACAGCUUCUUAAGUAAGUGCUUAAGAUGUACGAUGCAUUUCCUUUGUCCAUAGAAAGCAAUUCUUUUUCGAGCAUAACUUCGUAAUUUAAUGAAAAUGAACUUUCUUUUUCUGGACCGCAAACAAAUGUCAUUAGGCUUUUGUCUAAGUGAAAUCUGAAAUGUUAGAAUUUCAUCCCUUGAUUUAUAUUAUUGGCUUCCAUAUAGGAUAUUAAUUGAGCUUUGUAAGUUUAAAUUCUUAGCAACAUGUAUCAUUUUCAGUGAGUCAUUGAAUGGAUUGUUACUGAUUGUUUGGUUAUUGUUUUGAAAUGGUGCUAUAACAGAAAUUGCGUCAAAGUAUCUGGUUAGUGGUAUGAAUCAGUAGUGGGCUUCAUAAGUAGACGACUACAUUUAUCACUUCCCGAGAUCUCAAUUACAAAUUGAAAUGAUCUAAAAAAUUAAUUCUUGUAUCCUCAUUACUCAUUGCUGCUGUUAUUAAUAUCAGCAACAAAUAGAACAUUUAAAUUCUUAGUUUAUAUUUAAAUGCAACAACAAAUUCUGUUUAAGUCUGGUUUCGCUACUGCAAUUUUGCAGUGUAGCGAUUUUAAGAAAACAAGAGAAUGUUUUAAUUCUAAUUUAUAUUAUUUUAAAUAUAAGCAAUCAUCUCUCACCAAAAAUACUGGAUUAAACCAGUAAUGUAUUCUAUCAUUUUGUUUAUUUUCUUGUUUUACGAUUUUGAUUAUGUUUUUAUGUCAAGCCAGAUAUUGGCAAAGAUUAAAUCAAUGCAAUUAGAAAUUUUACAAAUGAUGUUAUCUUGUUAAAAUUGUAUCAAUUGAUGAAUAUAAAAAUACUUUGUCACUUUAUAUUUUCCAUGAUCAUAGAUUACAUUUAAUCAUUGUUUCUAUCAGUGAAAAUUAUCUUAGAUUAAAAAUUGACUAUUAGGUGAUCAAGAUCAUAAGAUUAAAAUAUUAAAGAGCCUAUAUGUUGCCAUGGUGAUCAAUGUAAAAUAGCAGGGUGUAAAUACAAAUUAUAUUCUAGAAUUCUUACAAUGGUCAUUCCGCUUGGAGUGACUGUUAAGUGUUGAACACUUUUACCAACCAUAUUCAUGUUUUCUUUUAAUUUUGUGCAAUAUACAAUUGAAAACUCAUUGAAUAGAAAUGCAAAUCCUUUCCCUCAUCUUCUCUUAACCAUUUAUUACCUCUGUUCUGCAUCUAGGCUAACCUCAUCUAUUUCCCUUCCCCAUCUAGGUUAACCAUGUUAAUACCUCUUCCAUUAAGCCAAGCCCCUUUUCUACACAAUGUGUUAAGCUUUCUCUAUUGAAUCUCCUAUGUUUCCUUGUUUUUUUAAAUCAAGGCAGACCCAUUAACAUGUUGGUAUCUACACUAUUCCUGUAUCCCAUCUAUUCUUUGCUGUAUCUAGGCUAAGAGUUACUGGUUAACCAAAUUAUGUCACUCAAUAACGUGUAUUAAUGUGCAACUGAUGAAACAUUUAAUUAUGCAAAUGAGAUUACAAACAUGAUUAUUAUUUGUGUCUGGACCUUUCACUUGAAAUGAGUACCGUAUUAAUGUUUACAGUCUUAUACUAAUGAAGACAGCGUAUGCUUCAAUGGUUUUAAAAACAGCAGUACUAUAAAUUGUUGGACUGUGGCCCAUAAAAACAGUUGCCCCUAGAAACAAAGGUCAUGGCAACAAGUGAUAUAAAAACAAAUGUCUAUGCAGUUAACUUAUAGAAUAAUCCUAAUAUUUAGAGCAUUUUAUUAAAUGUUAAGAAAUUGUUAUUUUAUUAUAUUAAGGGUGGGUUGGUUGUAUCCUUUUAUCACUCACUCAGUCAACUCUUCACAUUUUUACAGUGUAUGUCUUCAAAAUUCUCGAAAUAAAAUAAGAUUUUUGUAAGAAUUCAUAUAUAAUUGUUAUGUUUAAUAAUAUUACAGUAAUUAAUUAAUGUUAUUUAGUAUUAUUAACAAUAAUGUUAUUAUGUUUGUUUACAAAUGAACUGUGCUUCCUAUAAAUGAAUGUGCAUGUUAAAUAAAACUUUGUAUAAAAAAUGGGAAAAAACUGUAUACAAUAUUAAGCAUGUUAAAUUUUCAUCUUGCAUGGGACUGUGGGAAUCAGUUAACAUGUGUUCAUAUGGAGAUGAUUGUAGUCAAAUGCUGAUCACAGUAGUGGCCAUUUUGGUAUGUUUUACUAUGUUUAUUGUGCAUUCACAUUAUGGUUAUUCUCUUGUGUUUUAUACAUUUUGAUUUGAGUACUGUUCACACACAGAUGAAAAUAUCCAACUGCAAAAUGUGUUGAGGUGUACAUGACAGCCCUGUUCACAUUGUUGAUCGUUUUCAUUUGUGUGUGACCACUGUACUUAUGGAUUAAAACAAUCUAAUACUGAAGCAAAACAUUAAAUACUCAGUAAUUAUGUAAAUGGAUUUUAAUCAAUGUCGUUACUAACAACUUUUCUGCCAAUUUGGUAAUUUGUUGACCAUUAUGAAUUUUGUAUUUGAUAAUUAGGGUGAAAAAUACUUUCAUCUUUGUUAACAAAAUAUUAUUUUAGGCUUGUGCUCUGUCGAUUUUCACUCACUAGCAUCUGGUUUCUUGAAAUCACGCAUGGUUGGUAGUGUUAGUUGAUGAUGCAUGCAUCCGUACGGUCAGAACAAUAUGUGGUGAUAAUUCUUUUUUCUAUUUGAAAACUUAACAGUAUUUUUUAAGUGUUUUCUCAAAUCGUCUUUAUUGAAUCAACUUUUUCGAUAUGUGCCUUACUUAGGAUAGGAAUGCCAAAGAAGAAGUUGUGUUUCUCAUUGAAUUUUGUUUUCUAACAUUGACAAGGUAUCUUUAUGAAUAAAUAAAAAUAGAACACUACA